AUGAGGAAAAUUCCUGACAAGUCAUGGAUAGAUAUCCCUAGGAUUGAACAGUUUCGCGAUCGACGUUAUAGUGAUGGAUGUGAAGCCUUCAUGAAGUAUGCCGAAAUGAACCCAAAUAAUUUAAGUAGCGGUCCAAUGUACUGCCCCUGUUAUAUGUGUAAGAAUAUGAAGCUGAAAAAUAGAGAUGAAAUACGAAGUCACUUAGCAAACUCUGGGUUUUACGAUGAAUAUAAAUAUUGGUCCUACCACGGGGAAGGCCGUACUGAAAUUGAAGUACCAGAUGUGCAUGUUAAUGCCAGUCAUACUCUUGAUAUAGAUGAUACAGAAAAUUUACAAACUGAAGGUGGACCUAGCCAUACCGAAUACGAUAUUAACAAUGAUAGUGAAGAUGAUAUCGUAGAUGAUGUCCAAGAUGCAACUGAGAUUCAAGAUGUUGAUGACCCAGAAGGCUUUGGAGAUGCUCAUAUUCCUAAGGACUUGGAUCGUAUAAUGAAACUACUAGAGGAUAGUGAAGAGAAUCUGUAUGAGGGUUGCACCGAGUACUCCAUAUUUUCAUUUAUGUUGGAGCUCUUGCAUAUUAAGAACCUCAGUGGAAUGGCAAAUACUUAUUUCGAAAUGCUUCUUGAUUUGUUGCGGAAGGAAUGUCCAACAUGUGGAGUAUCUCGAUGGAAACAACACACCCGCUCUUCAACAAGGCGGGCAACAGAGUCAGUGUACAUGCAGAGCAAGAUUCCAGCUAAGGUGCUUCACCAUUUUCCAUUAGUUUCUAGAUUGCAACGUCUGUAUAUGAACAAAGACACCGCUAAGAGCAUGAGGUGGCACAAAGAGGGUCGUAUAGAAGAUGGUAAGUUGAUACAUCCAGAUGAUGCAGAGGCUUGGAAGCAUAUUGAUAAGACUUUUCCCAAUUUCGCUCAUGAAUGCAAAAAUGUCAGACUUGGGCUUGCUAGCGACGGAUUCAAUCCGUUCGGGGUUAUGAGUUCAGGUAAGCAUGCACCAGGUAAUGAUAUUGAUGUCUACUUAGAGCCCUUAAUUGAUGAGCUAAAACAGUUAUGGUCGGAAUCUUAUGCUAAUCUUUCUGCUUGGUCUACAAAAGGCAAGUUUGCUUGUCCAGUAUGUGACCCAGAAUUUGAAGGCCUUCACUUACCAUAUAGUCGAAAAUGUUGUUAUUGGUUCAACAAGAGAUGGUUGCCCUCGGGCCACAAAUAUAGAAAAUUGAGCAAUAAGUUUGACGGCACUGUUGAGACUAGGAAUAAACCACGUCAAAUGACCGGUGCUAAUAUUUUAAAGUUGCUUGAGCAUCUUCCAAAAAUAAGAUUUGGUAAGAACCGAUAUUCUAAGUACGACUCACUCAAAGUUAGAGGCUCCGGGAAAAAGAAAAAGACACUGAAGAGGAAGAGAGCAAUCCAACGGGCAUAUGUUGAUAAUGGAGUCGAUAAAUUACCAAAGGGAUGGAGUAAAUUCAGUAUCUUCUUCCAGCUACCAUAUUGGCAAAAGCUUAAAAUCAGGCAUAACUUGGAUGUCAUGCAUAUUGAGAAAAAUGUUUGUGACAAUAUAGUUUCAACUCUCCUUCAAGAUCCUAAUAAGUCAAAGGAUGACCUAAGGGCUCGUCAAGACUUAGCUGCAUUGAAUAUACGAGAAGAGUUGCAAGAACAAUAUGUUGGUCUUAAGAAAAAACAUAAGCCUUCCUCUCGUGUUACGAUGUCGACAGAGUAG